AUGCGUUCAUUCAUCAGAUCGCAUAAAAAGGCCAAUUCAUUAGAUGAAAACCCUACAGGGUUUGCUCCUCCACAUUCAAAUAAUGAAGGGCUAACUGCUCCUGAUAUGCCCAAAAAUGAUACUGUAUCAUUCAUUCAAUCAACACCUCCACAAUCAGGAUCUAAUUUCCAAGGAUUUAAGCAUUCGCCUGGGUUUGAAUCAUUCCACAAGUUGAACAAGAAAAUGUUCCCAGGUAAACUCUUCAAGAAGAACUCAUCAUCUAAUUCUCCACUGUUACAACCCGGUCCCUUUGGACCUAAGGAAUAUAGCAGUGCUCCUGGUACACCUCAGGCCAAUAAAUAUGAAAUGCCCGGUGAUGUUGGUAUGGGUCGUAAUAGUCAUGAUGAUAACAGGUUCUUGGCGGUGAAAGGAACAGUCACUCAUUCUUGGGGAGAUAAUGGAGAUAAGGAACAACAGGUUAUUGUCCUGAAUAAUAAUAAUAAUAAUAAUAAUGAUAAUGAUAGUAAUGAUAAUAAUAAUAAUAAUGGUAGUAAUCAUAGUGGUAAAUUUCAGUCAUCUACACAACCCUCUACACCUGUUCUAUCAUCCGAUUUAGGCCCUGCUGUGAGGAUAGCCAGCGAGAGGAAAGCACAAGAAGCACCUCCAAGGAGUUUUCAGCUUCCAGGUUACGCGCCAAGGUCAUCAACUGAAGAUGGUUCGCUGCGACAGGGUGAACAGCAACAGCCACAGGUCUACAGCAAAUUAUCCAGCGUUAAGAAUAAAAAUCGACAAGCAAGAAUUCACUCUCAUGACGAUAUACUUCAUUUGGGACAGGAUUCCUCAGUGACAAUGGAUUUUUUAAAAUCAACCUUUUCACCGGAUACGUUAGAUGAAGAUUCUCCGGAUAUGCGAACUCUUAAUGACGAUAAUGGUGAUGAAGCAACCGCCAAAGUGAAUAAUACUUCUAAACUCUCGAAUUUUAAGGGACCAGAUAAUGUGACAAAAAGAAGCCCUGCGGUCAAGUUCCAAGAAGAUCAUGGAGCAUCUCAAGAUGUUGAAGUAGGUGACACGGAGCACUUACCACCAGAAGAAGAGGAUUACGAAGAGGAUGAAGAGUAUGAGGAAGAUGAUGAAGAAGAUGCAACUUCUAGAUUCUCGUUUGAAAUUAGUGGAAUAAAUGGCAGAACUUCAUCUGUCAAAUACUACUCUAAACCUGAGCCAUCAGAAGCAAUGUACAUAGAUGACCUUUACGAAGAUGAGAAUUUCGAUGAUGAUCUGAACUGCUUUGAAGAUGAAGACGGGGAAAUGGAAUUUCCUUCAAAUCUUUUAGGUAUAAGUGACAACUCAGAUAACGAAUCAGUUGUGAAGAAAGAUUUGACGCCAGAUGAUGCUCAUCUCUCCGAACCAAAACCCGUGAAAAAAUAUCAGGAUCUGUUUGCUCUAUCUGAUGAAGAAGAAGAAGACGGUGCUGAUCAUUCGGGAUUGGCUGGCUUGGGACUCGAUACUAAAACCAUCAAUGUUUCCGCUCAGUCGUUUGCAUCUAAUGAGAAAAGGCCGUUAAGUUCAGUUCCUUCAUCUGCAAGACAUUCGAAGCAUAUGGAAAGCACUGAAAAGGACCAAAAAAGUUCUCCAACUAAUUUAAAUGAUUCGAGGACGAGUGAUUCAUUUAAUCAUGAUACAACAAUGCGAUCACCGUCAGCUUCACAGUCUACUACUACAGUUUGUUCCCAGGCGCCUCUCCAAACAUCUCCUCACAUUCAAUCGUCACCUACAAUGAGUAUGCCUUCCAUACGUCUUCAAUCCCCCUCUACGAUAAAGCCGCCAGCAACCAAUAAACCUCCAAGAUAUCAUGCCUCACCAGGUGCGCAGUCACCAUUAGAUGUUCAACCUUCAAUUCCAGCACUUAGCGGCAAACAACCUAGUCUACCAAAGAGUAAGGCAGUGAAAAGCUUCUCGGACAUCUUUGAUUUAGAAGAUGGUCUAUCUGAUGAAGAUGAGGAUCAAGAUGACUUGAUUGGAGAAGUCAACGCAGCAGAAGAUGGAAGCUUUUCAAUACCAGAUCGAGAAUCUCCAAAUGCCUCUGAUGAUUCUCAACAGAGGAAAUAUUUACAAAUGCAUACAUCUCCUUUAGGAAGACCCAAAACCCCAGUUCAAAUCUAUUUAACCCCUCCAGGAAAUAGUGCCUCCACCUCUGUUACACCUUUUGAUAGUCAACCGCAUCUUUCUAAUACAACCCCUUCACUUCCACCACCAGCGAGAUCUCAAAGUUUGAAAUAUCAUGAUUUGAGCAGCAACCUAGAUUCUGAAAUUCCUGGACUGAUGAGUAAUCUGUACUUCAUUGAUGAGAAGGAGGAGGAUAAAUAUAUGGAAGAGCACAAGUUGGCCGAUGAUGACUACCUGGACGAAAUUAAUACAGUUCCUGAGGAUUUCACUUUUUCUGAUUCCGAACACGAUGAUCCUGCUAAACCUUCAUUAAGACGCUCACUGAGAGGCUCUUUUCGUGGUACUCAUAGUUACUCGAGUCAACCUACGGGUACAGCGAAGGAAAAUGCACCAGCUAGAAACAAAUUAGAGAUUAAAAACAAGACGGUCACAUUUUUCAAUCAUGGCUGGGAUCGUUCACCGAUAGAUAAAUAUCAACGCUCACCAAGGACUAGUGAGCAGUACUUAGACUCCAUCGAUGAUUAUAUUACUUCACCUUCAAAAGCUGACUACGAAAAUUUUGCCCCGCUUACUCCAAAUAACUCGGUGAAUAAACCCUCUCCUGGAUUCAUAAAUGAUAAGUCAUUGAGUCCAAUUCAAGAGGGUUCUUCUUCAGUGGACAAUUCACCAAAAAUACCUUCACUUCGUUGA